AUGUCUAUGUUUUCUCGUCUAAUAAUAGGGCUGGGCCUGCUUCUCCUAGCGCAUGCGGGAUAUUCAACGCACGAACACUCAACACUCUACGGUAGUGUCCAUUCUCUCCCUGCAGACAUCGCACUCGAGACGCUUGUGUCGGUAAUAAUGGUGACGGCGGGGUUGGUUAUGGGAUCCGAGAAGCUACGGCCGAUUAGCUGGAGUGCUUGGGCGGGUGAAAUCGAGAAGCAGGGUGGUGCUGAGAAUCCGUUCAGAGGUCUAGAAGAGCGGAUGGGAUUUAUUGAUAUCAGGACUAAACGGAGGGAAUUUGCGGACUGGGUACGUGAGAAGGAUAUACCUGCUGACUUGAAGCAGUAG